AGCAGAAUAGCGCAGGGUCAAGGAGGUUUUAAGGGAGAUACGAGAUAAGGGAGAUAUAGCGAAUACCAGACUGAGACCGCCUGGUUUUGGAAUAAUAAUUUUAAAAAACGCUACCCUCCUUUUGCACUCUGUGAUGAAAAGAGUUUCGGAAAAAGCGCACGGAUUCAUGAUGCAGACAGAGCUAGGAGAGAGAAUCUCAGAAUGGCUGACUAUGUGAAGCUGGAUGAGGAGAAGUUUAUCCCAAAGUCAGACAUCUUGUCUAUGCUCAGGACCUACAACUGUUACCAUGAGGGGAAGAGCUUCCAACUCAGACACAGAGAGGAGGAUCAAGCACUGGUCGUCGAGGGGUUGUUGAAUAUCUACUGGGGUCUGCGGCGACCAAUCAGACUGCAGAUGCACGACGACAACGAGAGACUCCACUAUGGAGGAGUCAACAGGAAUGAGAGAACCCAGGUUCUUCAAAAGCAGACAGAAUCUAACAACAACAUACUCGACAGAACUACUGACCCUGCCUUGACCAGUAGUCUGGAGGAGGAUGAUGAGGAGGUCCCCCAGCUGCUGCGAACCAGGAGUGAUGCCUCCUUCAUGGGGGUCACCAGAAGGUCAAAGACACACGCACACUCCGACCUGCAGCACUUACGCUCACACAGAUUCUCCAUCAAUGGACACUUCUAUAACCACAAGACAUCAGUAUUUACUCCAGCGUUCGGGUCGGUCACUAACGUCCGAGUCAACAGCUCCAUGACAACACUACAGGUCCUCAACCUGCUGCUACAAAAGUUCAGAGUGGAGAAUAAAUCAGAUGAGUUUGUUCUCUACAUGGUCCAUGAGUCUGGUGAAAGAACCCCAUUGAAGGACAGUGCGUAUCCUCUGGUGUACCGUGUGCUUCAUGGACCCUGUGAGAAGAUCUCCAAAAUCUUUAUUAUGGAGACGGAUCUUGGGGAGGAGGUCACACAUGACGUGGCUCAGUACAUUAAUUUUGAGAUGCCAGUCCUGGAUAGCUUUGUAGAGAAACUGAAAGAGGAAGAGGAGAGAGAGAUUUCGAAACUGACCAGAAAGUACAGCGCACUGAAGUCCAUGAUUCUACAGCAGCUGGAGGGCAUCACUGACACUACUGUCUGAGUGUGUGUGUGUGUGCGUGCGUGCGUGCGUGCGUGCGUGUGUGUGUGUGUGUGUGUGUGCGUGCGUGUUCACAGGACCAUUACACUGUUACAGUGAGAGGAAGUCAAGCAGAUUGUUUGAGCACUGAGACCUUUCUUCAUGUACAACUACAGUUGAACCAUAGCAUGUAUAGCUUUUUCUAGUAAUGAAAACUACAGACAUGUUGAAAGCUUUCUACCGUAGUGAAUGUAAUGUAAACAGCAAUAAGAAUGCAAUACUGCCACAUCUUGCAUCAAUGUUUGUCACUUCGCAAAUGAACUGUAUUCAUAGAAUUUGUAACUGUUUUGCUACUGUAUUGUCUGAUUGAAUACUUUCCAUUAA